UGCAUCCUGGCCUGCCCGCCGGAUGUUUGUGUAUGCAAAUGGAAGGGCGGCAAGCAGACGGUUGAGUGCGGCGGACAGCAACUGUCAAGCCUGCCGGAGGGCAUGGAUCCGGGCACACAGGUGCUCAAUUUUAGCGGCAACGGACUUCAGGUAUUGCAGAGCGAGCGUUUCCUGCGCAUGGACCUGCUCAAUCUGCAGAAGAUCUAUUUGUCGCGCAAUCAGCUGAUACGCAUACACGAAAAGGCAUUCCGCGGACUGACCAAUCUGGUGGAGCUAGAUCUGAGCGAGAAUGCGUUGCAGCAUGUGCCCAGCGAAACGUUCCAGGAUUACAGCUCGCUGAUGCGCCUCUCGCUCAGCGGCAAUCCCAUACGCGAGUUAAAGACUUCGGCCUUUAGGCAUUUGUCCUUUCUGACUACCCUGGAGCUGUCCAACUGUCAGGUGGAGCGCAUCGAGAACGAGGCCUUUGUGGGCAUGGACAAUCUGGAGUGGCUGCGCCUGGAUGGCAAUCGCAUUGCCUUUAUCCAGGGCGCUCAUAUACUACCCAAAUCGCUGCACGGCAUCAGUCUGCAUAGCAAUCGCUGGAACUGCGACUGCCGCCUGCUGGACGUAUACGGCUGGCUGGUUAGUCACAAUACGCCGCUGGCCGAGGAGCCCAAGUGCAUGGAGCCGGCGCGUUUGAAGGGCCAGGUAAUCAAGGGAUUGCAGCGGACACAGCUCGCGUGCCUGCCCGAGGUCAGUCCACAGUCGAGCUACACGGAGGUCAGCGAGGGCCGCAACAUGUCCAUUACAUGUCUGGUGCGCGCCAUACCCGAGCCGAAGGUGCUCUGGCUAUUCAAUGGCCAGGUGAUGAGCAACGACAGCCUGCUGGACAAUCUGCACAUGUACUAUUAUAUAGACGAGAGCGGCGGCAGUGGCGCCGAGGAGAAACGCAGCGAGAUCUUCAUUUACAAUGUGGGUGCCGAGGACAAUGGCACCUUCUCUUGCGUGGGCCAAAACAUAGCCGGCACCACGUUCAGCAAUUAUACGCUACGCGUGAUCAUCAAGGAGCCGCCGGUGGUGAAUGAGGUCUCCUUUCCGCGCGACUACAUGAACUACAUUGUGGCCAGCAGUGCUGGUGGCGGCAUCAUCUUUGCCGUGCUGCUCUGCACCAUUGUGGUCAAGUGCAAGCGCGGCACAGAGCCGGCCAAGCGCAAAAAAUGCGACCAGGUGACCAGCAUUGCUGGCGCCACUGACUCGACCAAUGGCAGCAGCCAGGAUACCGGCAUGAUGAAGUGUGCCUCGAUACUCAAUGAUGGCGAUAGCCUUAACGGCGGCGCCGGGCUGCUGCUCAGCGACAAUCUGACACCCACCAAGGCCAGCAAUGGCACUGCCGGCGGUUCUGCCAAUGUUGGCGUUAGCAGCGCUGGCGGCCUCAUUCUUGGCGGUCAAAUGAAACAGAAUCUACUGCUCUAUGCCACGCCCAAUACUCAUUCACAUACCCAUGCCCAGCAGCAUCAACAGCACCAGCAGCACCAGCAACAGCAGCAACAGCAGCUACAGCUCAAUGUGAACAUGAUGAACGCUGCGGCGGCUGCGGCUGCUGCCGGCUCACCCCCGCUGCUUCUGAGCAACGGGCUGGCUGCCGCCUACUGCUCGCCACCCGCGUCGCUGCGCAACUACCCGGAGAAGAACCCAGAUCUGGUCAACGAUGCGGAGAGUGUCAAGCACAAGCUGAAGACGGCCGUCUCGCUGGAUGGCGCUGCCGACUAUGAGACAGCCAGCGACUGUGGGCAGUAUGAGGGCUGCUAUCAGCUGGCCACGGCCACGCCCCAUGCGCAUACCAUGCUGGGAAUGGGUUCACGCUUUGCUGCCGCCAUGACGACCCUGCCACGUGGCAUGCAGCUGAAAUCGGUGCUGAAUUCUGCGUCCGCAGCAGCAGCUGCAGCAGCAGCAGCCACAUCGCCACACCAGGUGGAUGUACAUUUGAAUCCGGUUUGCUUUUUAGGCCAGGAUGGCUACGCCUACGACUACAGCAGCGCGCACCUGGUGCAACAGGUGGCAGCCACGCCGCACAACCAACAACAGCAACAACCGCAGCAGAACUUUUACCGCACGCUUCCACAUAAUCGCGCCCAUAAGCAACAGCAGCAGCAGCAGCAACAAUUUGCGGCUGCGGCAGCUGCACAAAAUGCCAGCCUGCGCUACAGCCUGGAGGCGGAGUUUGUACAGCGCGCGCCUCCCGUUGGCUACGAGAAGUAUCAGUUACCGAAUGUACGCUUUACUGCCGAGGGCUAUCCCCAGCAGCAGCAGCAGCAACAACAGCAACAGUUGCAGCUGCAGCAGCAAUUUCCCUCGCCACCCGAGGGCUACAAGAGCAGCGAUCUGCCGUUGCCAGCCUUCCAGCAGUGGCCGAGCUGCCUGCCUGGCUAUCAUGCACAGCCACUGCGCUACGGCCACAGCCCAUCCCCAACGCCAGUGCUGACAGCAGCAGGAGCAGCUGCGACGCCUGCACCCACGUUGGAGAGCAAUGCGGUCAAUGGAAGCGCCACCAUACCGGAGUUGGAUGAGAGCGAAACAUCGCCCAGCGGCUCGAAUACGGCCAUGGCCGAGGCGGACUGCGCUGGCCGCAGCAACAGCAACGGCAACAACACGGAGUCAGCGGAUGCAUCUAAGCUUAAGCAGCUGAAUGGACCGCUGGCUGAUAGUCCGGAUGAGGGCUACGUGGGUGAUGCGCAGGAAACGAGCGACAUUUGACAACGUGGCGCUGCUGCCGGCCAGGAUACUGCCUUAGACGAUUCAGUGGCUCUGUAAAUAGCCGCGCGCUGAUGACACACUCACACAUGCGCGUACUUAUAUAGAUUUAGUUUGUGUUCGUAUCCGUAUCCGUAUAUUUUCGUGCAGUUAGCCCACGACAAACAAGCUGAUGAAACAACAGUCUCCGAGUCAAACAAAAGACGAGAACGCAACCCAACCUGAAACUUACUACAACAGCAGAAGAAAACAAAAAAAAGUUUAGCGAACCGAAUUAAAUAUGCCCUUGCAGAAUGAACAUCAAUAAUAGAGAAUUCCGAAUUGACAAAAAGUUUGGUGAAUCGCAUUAAAUAUGCGCUUGCAGAAUAUUCCUUUAAAAUUGAGUAUUCUGAAUUGACAAGAAGCUUAGUGAACCGAAUUAAAUAUGCUCUUACAGAAUGAACCUCUAAUAAUAGAGUAUUCCGAAUUGACAAAAAGUUUAAUAAGCCUGGCAGAAUGAACCAGUGGAAUAGAGUACACCGAGCUUGGCUAAAACGUUUUGCUGCUGUUUGCCUGAAAAGUAAGCCCGAUAAAUUAUUUUAUUUCGUUUUUAUUCUUAUCGUCCAAUUUUUUCCUCUUUGACUUAAAAAUAUAUUCUUAAAAAUAUUUCGAUAGUCAAAGUAAUUUAUUUUGUAUAGGAACUGAUCAAGGUUCAAUUAGUCGCUUAUUUGUUUAGAAAGUUCAAUGCUCUAUAGAAAAAAACUUGAAAGGGAAAGUUAAUGGUAUUGUAUAUAUAUUUUGUGACCCCAUGGUUAAUAUUUUUGUUAGCAAACUUUUUGCGCAAGUUGCUUGUCCCCGCUGCAAGGGUAUAACAAAAGGGCAGAGGCGACCUAACCUAAUAAAGCCGAAAAACAAAGACGCGCCGCUAAACAAAAGGCUCCGACUCCAGCACCGGCUCUAGCCCCGGCUCUGACUUCAGCUUUGGCAUUUGUUAUUGUUGUGUUUGUUGUUGUUGUUGUUAGGACCGACUCCUGCUUCUGCACCGUGCCGCCCGGCCGUCCAGCCAUGGCUAUGCGUGCCUCGAGUGGCAAGCUGGCAGCAUUUUAUUUCCGUUGAUGUAAUUGAAAAAGUUUUUCAUUUAAUAUAAACUUUUCAGCGUCUUGCCCGGGCUCUCAAGCCAUAAAAAAGGGCCGCGCAAAAUUUUCUUUUUUAAAAGAAAGCAGCAAAGCAAAAGAAAUGCUAGGCCUAUGCCUACUAUUCUUUUGUUGUGUUGUGUAUGCGUGUGUUUGUGUGAGUUUGUUGUGGGUUUGUUUGCUUGCCGAUUGAGUUGCUUUUGGCGACGUUGUUGGCUGACAAUUGACUUGCCUGUGCCCACAUGUCACAUGUUACAACCACCCAAACCCGCUCCACCCGCAGCCCCAAUUCAGUGGCAACUCUUCUGCGCACUCCAGACUCAAGUGUCUCGUGUGUUGUUGCCGAGACGACACCUGCUUGGUGACACAAAGGAUUUCAAACCUGGACCGAACUGGGAAUGAGCUCAAGUGGCCUACACGGUGCUGUUGAAUCCUAGCCAGAAGGCGGAUGCCGUGUAGCUGAAGUGCCAAGUGUUCCGGCCAAAUCGCGAGUGGCAUUAAGGGUUUCCUUUUGUAUUGUGCUCUAGUUUAUGAAAUUUUAAUUUGGGCCACAGAAGCACCAAGCUGUAUUUAAAUAAUUUAUUGUAUUUGUUUUUGUCCUAAGUAAAGACUUUGACACACAUUUUCCCCAGGUUUUUUAUGCCCAGCUUUAAGGCAACUCUCACAAAACAAAAAAAUUCUAGGACAAGUCUUAUAUCAAUUCGAAAAAGCGCUUACCACACAGAGCACAGGUACUUCCGGGUAACAGAGCAGUAGAUAUCGUAAAUAAGUAGCCGUAAACUAAAAUACAAAUUUAAGAACAAACUGCUUAAUUUUAACAAAUAACAUAAUGUAUAAACAAUGUAAGUUCAUGUAGUUACAGCAAGUGUUAAAAAUGGCAAAGGGAUGAUUCAAGCGGAAAGUGCCGAACAACUUUUAAAAAAUUUUCAAAUAUUCUAAAAAUUAACUGUACAUAGAAUUAUUUUAACUAGUUUAAAUAUGAUAUAGUUUUGAAAACAGUUAUUAAUAAUAUUGCAGCUGCACUUCCGAAGCUUUCGUUCAAAAUUUAAUUAAACAUAAUUUAAAAUAUUUUCGACAACAUUUGGAGAACCAAAACAAGAACGUUCUGUUCGAAAAUGAGUAUAUUAACAGGCUAAAAUAUUUUUAAUUAUCCAAAUAGGUUUCAAAAUAUUUUUGGGGU